GCCUGAUCAAAGACUCAGUCCGGAUGCCAUUUACACUGCUCAAAGUUCACUCUCGGGCCUUCGCCACGGCAAGUCUACUUUUCUUAUGCUUUUUACUCUCAGUAUCUGUUGUGUCCUCCAAGCCAGUUGAUUCGGUCGGACUUCUAACUCUGACGUCUUCCCCUAACACCACCAAAACCUUACCCAGUGCGCCUGCGCCAACCGAUGCACCAGAUCCGCCUUCCGAUGUUCGACUACUAUCAAAAGUAAAGGAUGCGGCCUCCAGAAUUAACGGUAUGAGCGUGUUCUGGAUUAUAGCGCCUUUGUCUGUGGCAUGCAUGACCCAUCCUAUCGGUUCUGCCUGCGGUCUUGAACCGGCCUACCGCCACCGAAUUCGAAUUGGCCCAUUCAUAUCGCUAUUCGAUACUUUACACCUUCUAUACGAGAUACACGGCUCCCACAAAAGUACGGGAGAUGCCAAUAACGCAGCCCAUAGAAUUCGAAACGCUAUACGGAAGGUAGUAGAAGUACGACUGAAGCGUAUCCGAACGGAAACGCACGGUGCCGCCCAAAACCCACAGGGUAAUCUUCAGGCCACGACUUUACUCUGUCGCUUUGAGAGCUGUCUCUUUAACACCCCGAUCAGGCACUUGGUCUCCCUGGUGUUGAUAGUGCAGUAUACGAAGAUUUGUGGCUUCCAUGGAAUUCCCAUGUCUUUCUCGCUGGCGACUGGAUAUUUUGCGUCAUGGAUCAUCAUGGAAAUAAUACUACUAGUUGGGGAUGGCCACGCUAAGACGGAGCCCCCCCAGGCGGCUCUCCCAAAGCCAGAUUCGAGCCCGGGACCAAUUAUCCCGAAACUAGUUGGGAGAGCAGUAUUUUUACUCCAAAGCAUCACGGUCCUCAUUGGGGUAUUCAUGUUGCUCUGGAAAGCACAGAGCGACUUCAAGUUUGCUCCAAAGCACGGAGAAACGGCCCCAAGCUUCGACCUCCGCUUCGCCUCGUUUUUACUCAUUUCAUCGUCGCUCAUGUACUACGCAGACAGCAUGCCCCUCUUCGUCGGAAUCUCCCUCAUGACAGGACUCUGUGUUUCAAAACGCGAAAAUCCGAGAGAAUUCUCCGAUCGUAUCGGCCUGUUCAUGGCCGCUGCCUACGUCUUCAUCAUCACCACCGUGUUCUACAGCAAUUGGGUUUUCGGCGCAGGUCAUCUUCCAUUCGUUGGCUACAUCACUUAUUUCUAUGUAUCUCGCUCGUUCCGGUGUGGGAAGGAAAGAAAGGAGAAGGGGAAGGGAUGUUUGGUUAUGACACAGCUCGAACCCGUGCUGAUUUUUGGUGGUUCGGCUUUAACAUAUGCCGGGGGAUUGCUUUUCUUUUAUGCUUUUGAUUUCGAUCCCGAGGGUACGUGGAGGGCUGGUUGGACGGAUAUUUUCCCUUGACGAAUGAAGAGAUGUAGAAUAGACGGGGUGUGAUCAAAAGCUAGGAUGCAAGCAAGAGAAGAGACUGUAUACCAGAACGCUUCUCUAUGAUGCUAUCCCCAGCGUGGGCCACCCCAUAUCUCUCCGGUUUGCGGUGCGAAAGAUGCAUGGGGAUAUCGCCAGGGGACACGAACCGGAGAGCCCCAAAGAUUUUAUUUUCUUUCUUUCACCACAAAUACAGGAGAUAGAUCAGUUAUCGGGAAUAAAUUCUAACUUCCGAGAUUUACA